GGGAAUAUAUAUGUGCUCUGUACGGUACAACAAUCCCACUCAAUCUCCUGUUAGGAUGAAGAUGAUCCAGUUUGGCAUUCUCCUUGGGAUUUUUCCCUUCUGUUUAGGAUUUCCAACACUUAAUGCCAGACAAGAAGCCCUUAGCAGAGCACUAGAUGCAUCUCUUGAUCAGCUGAAUAGUCAAUCCUGGGGGAGGAACCUAUUGAAGCUGUCACAUACUGGAGUGACAAAGAUAAAGCCCUUACAACAGAUGAGAUAUCAAAGAGAUGAUGAAGUGUUUGAAGUAAAUUUAAAAUUUAGUGUGAGAGAAACCACCUGUGAUAAGGAUACAACCAUUGACCCCACAAAGUGUGAAUUCAGUGCUGAACCAUACAUGGAAACACCGUGUGAAAGUCAAGUAAUGGUAUCUCGUAAAAAAGCUUUAGUUGUAAAAGCCCGUUGCAACCUCUACACCACCUCCUCAUCUGAAUCUCACAGCAGCGAGGAGAAAUUCUUGACAAUUCCCAGAUCACCUCAUGGAAGGAUAAGGAGUAAUCCAGAGAGGUUUCCAGCCCAAUGGGAUCCAUUUGGAAAGAAGAAUCAGAUGAUAAACCCACGCUGGGAGGAGGAAGAUAGGACUUCAGACCAUUUUCUCCUCGAAUAGACAUACGUUGUGUACUUUACAUACGUUAUAUAAUAUUAAAACGUGAUACCUAAUGAGGCGAUAAUUCCUUAAUGCAUGACAAAUUGUUCACUCUUUCUACA